AUGGCUACUACAACUAAGGGUCUUGCCAGUGAGGCCACCUCCACCCUCCUGCCGGCCUAUGUUGAGGAAAUAACCGACAUGGACACCUUUGUCACGACUAUCCAAAAAUUCACUGAGUGCAUUGUCAAAGCGGUCUCUGGCGGCAAGUCCGUCACUGCCGCAAAUAAGAAACUCAUCAACCUAGCAGCCGAGGAGAUCAGAAAGUGUGGACGUAAACUAACCAGCAUGUCAACAGUGUUCGCCCCUGAUAACAACCCAUCCCAGAGCAAAAUGGACAGCGACUUAAAGGCUGACAUUGUCGCCUGUGUUAGGAGCGAGAUGGCUAAAUUAAAGGGCCAAAUCUCCACGCAGCUUCAACAGCAGACACGAUGUGCCUCAUACGCCCAGGCCACUGCGACUAGCAGAGGGCCAGGCACUCAUCCUAAUAUGACUGCUGAGCCACCAGCCCGCGAUCCACCUGUCAACAAGCCAGCCAUAGUGGUGACUCCAAAGUCAAAACACAUAUACCAAUUUAGUCAAAAAGGCAGAGUCAAGGCUUGUAUACUCACCAAACCAGGUUGUAGCCAGGUACUAGGCAUGUCACAACACUCCAACACAAAUUUUUGCGUUAUUCAAUUCACGAGCGGCGGCCAAAAAAUGCUAAUAGCUUCCGCAUAUUUUGAGCCGGAUUCUGAUGGCAAUAAUACUUUAGAGCUCAUAGAUAAUUUUCUCCAAACCUCCCGAUGCCCCAAUACCAUUAUAGGUGGUGACUUCAAUGGAUGGCAUCACAUAUGGGGCAGUAAGACCAACAACCCCAGAGGAUGUGCGGUGGUGGAGCUGGCAUAUGCAAAUGACCUCUUCAUCUGCAAUGUCGGCAGCACACCCACUUUUAAAACCGUCACACACGGCAGGGAUCGGACUUCUAUAAUAGACCUCACAUUGGCGCAUGGAUACAUAUAUGACCGUAUAGUCGGGUGGAAGGUCAACUUCAGCGCCUGCCCCUCGUGGCAACACAACGCUGUAGAAUACGAGAUUGAAAUUGGGAAUUCUUUCUCAAAUUCGUCAUCAAUAACCAACUCCACAUUUAAAUAUAACAGCAACAAGGCCAAUUGGGGAAUAUUCAAGGAUGCACUUCACACGCUUAUGACCAACACAGACAUAUUAGAGAGAGACAUCGGAUCGCUUAAUACAGCUGGCUUGGAAAACUUGAUUGAUGACAUCUGCAAGGUAAUUCAUAAAGCAUGUGAAGAAUCUAUGGCGACAAAGAAAGGCCAAUCCCUGACGAAGCAUCGCCCGCAAUGGUGGACGGAAAAAUUGACGGACCUCAAAAAGGAGGUCAUCCAGUUACACCACCGACUCAACCGAAUGAGACGUCAGAAUCUUCCUUUAGACCAUUUGGCAGAGAAGUUAAAAAACAAAAAGAAUUAUAUGCGAAAGAACUGA